AUGGCUCUUGCCAGUAUUACAGCCCCGCUGGCUGCCCUGACGACGAUCUUCCAGCCUCCAUGCGAGACUUCCUGGUUCAUCACAACGACAAAAGUUCCCUCGCAGGAUCCGCCGUUCCCGACCGCUGGGCCCGUCACGUGCGAUCCUCCGCAGUGGGCCGCCAACCUCGAAGACCCGGGAUUUCAGUAUUACUCCCCAGCAAUAUGUCCCAGUGGGUUUGCCGUCGGGCCGAAAUGUGAGGUCCGGAAUCCCCGGACAAACGAAGGCUUUCCGCCUAUUGCUGCAGGAGAGACUGCCGUCUACUGCGUGCCAAGUGGGUUUACGUGCACGUCAGACACCACCGACUUUCGCGGUGGUGUAUGGGGCGUCGCGGGGAACACUAAUGGACCACCCAACCGGAUUCUUGUCACAGUGGCACCAGCCAUGCAGAUUCGCUGGCGAGAUGUCGAUCUUGAUUUCCUUCAAACUCACCCGCUCACGCCAGGCUUGUUGCCGUUGACCCCAGCAGAGCCUGAGCCAACGAGUACCAUUGCAGAGCCAACCACGGCAGCCCAAGUGACGCCGCCGCCGCCGCCUCCCCCAACGCCACCAGGGCAGGUGCCAACCAUCACACUCGGUUCGACACAGCUUGAGAGGACAGAUAGUGUGAUAAUCCUGACUUCAACAGCAGCACCCGAAAACCCGCCUGUGUCGUCACCACAGCCGCAGCCAUCGACAGUCUUGCAGCCCUCCUCUCGAUCAACAACGAAUCAAGGCGUAACUCAGUCCACGUCGACUAAACCCCAGAUCAGCAACGGCGGUACGGCAUUGACGUCCAACUCGCAAGCAACCAGCAUCUCCACAGGCUCAUCAUUGCCCGACGGCGGCAGCAUGCCGGCAGGAGAGGGAGGAGGGAGAUGGGACUGGCGCACGGGCAUUAUCGCCAUGGUGCUGUCUGCGUUGCUUGUGACUAUUGGAGUUGUUGCGUUCGGCUGCAUCUUGCUGCGCCGCAAUAAACCCAACGAUCCAUGGAGCAAAUUCCUCAGAAGUCCUCCUGGGAUCCUACUGGCGAAAUGGUGGGACUUGCUUGCCGCCAGCACAUUGGGCUCGUGCAGCCCAGGCUGGCAAGUCCCGGGCUGGAGUAUGGGUCAGGCAGCGUUGGGAUGCUGUUCGACCAGCUCGGCCGUCGCCAACGAAGAGCCCUUCAAAGAAAGAGAUGGACCUAGAGCUCGGAAUGUCUAUGACACCAACGGUGGCAGAGCUUGA